UCAAAGGAAAAAAAAGUGGCAUCCACGCCCACGCUGCUAAUCUCAUCUCACAGGUAUCUUCAAUUCUAGGACUUCUGAGUUUUCCGUCUUCCUAAAGGCAGGAAGAUAAGACGACCCUUUACUCCGUUCUUCAAGAUUGUUUCUCAAAUUUGUGGUAUUGAAUUGAAAUUUUUUGUCCUUUUUAUUUAUUUUCAUCUGGGCUGGUCAGAAUAGCAAGAAUAUGAAAUUUAAGUAUCUGGGAUGUCUUUAUUUUCAGUUAAGAGUUCAAGUUCUUGGGUUGAAGUAGUUAGAGGCAUGGUCUCAACUUAGAAUGCUAUGGAGAAAGGGACUUUCUUGCUUUUUAGCGUCAGAAGAAUUAUGCUGGUAAGUUUGGCUGUGUUUGAAAGAAGAAAAGGUCGAACUUUUGCUUCAUGGGUCUGUGCUUAUUUUCAAAAAAAUCUUACCUUGACUUGAUUUUCUCUGGUUUAUUCGAAUUGAGGUCAUUUAAGAGGCCUGUUAUUGUUAAAGCUAGCAGCUUUACUAAACUGUAUAGAGGUGCUUCUGCUCUUCUGCUUCUAGAUGAUUAUGAUUCUGGCUCAAAUAGUGAUAGCUCUUUAGUAGUGAAUGAAGUAGCUGUUCCAGAAAAAAGGCUGCAUACAUGUGACGGGCUCCAGUUGCUUUCCAUUGUGGUUAGAGUUAUAAAGUCGUUGAACUGGCGAGCUGCAAGAGAGAUGAGGUUCAGAGAAUCCGUAGAGAAGUAUGGUUUUCCAUUUUCUAUUGACGCCUUUAGGAUGACAGUGCAUGUAUUUGGGUUUGCUCGAAUGCCAAUGGAAAUGCAUGGUUUGCUUAGGGAUGUUUUAUAUUAUUAUCAAGAUGUCGGUUAUGAUAUGUUUGAGUUGCUUCCAAGUAUGUUAGAAUUGCUCAAUGAUGCGGAAACCUCGGCUGUUCUUGUUGAUGUCCUUAUAAAGCUUUUUGCUGCCAAUUCUAUGCUUGAAAAUGCAGUUGACGUGUUUUUCCAGGCUCAGAACAUUGGCGUUCAGCCUGGUAUACGGUCAUCUAAUUUCUUGCUUAAGUGCUUGGUAGAAGGGAGUAGAAGGCAAGAACUUUCAACUUUAUUUGAGGAAAUGAAGAACUCUGGGCCAUCUCCUUCUGUCUAUACGUAUACAAUUCUGAUGAAUUUCUACUGUAAUGAGCAAUACGCACAAGACAAGGUGGAUAUGCAACAAGCCACUUCAAUUCUUGAAGAAAUGGAUAAUAAUGGUAUUGAGCCAUCUGUUGUAACAUACAGUACAUAUAUUCAUGGACUUUGUAGAGUUGGAUAUGCUGUUUUAGCCUUGAAGCUUAUCCAGGACUUGAAGCAUAAUAACCAGCCCCUCAAUGUUUACUGCUACAAUGCUGUAAUGCAUGCAAUUUGUAGAAAUGGUAAACCAGAUGAAGCUAUGGGACUUUUGGGAGAAAUGAGGAGUUAUGGAAUCACACCCGACGUUUAUAGCUACAGCAUUCUAAUUGAUGGGUUCUGUGAAUGUGGAGAGAUUGAGAAAGGUCUUACUUUAUUUGAGGAGAUGGAGAGCCCUGAAGUAAAUAUAAAACCAUCUCUUGUUACCUAUAGCUCACUCUUAAAAGGACUAUCUGGGAUUGGACUGAUGGAAGCCUCAGUUGACAUGUUCCAUAGGCUUGGAAGUUAUGGAUACAAAUAUGACCAGCAUGCAUACAGCAUCCUAAUAAGUGGAUAUCUUAUGCAGGGCAAUUUGGAUUCUGCCCAUGAACUCCUGGAGGAGAUGAUCAGAACUAAUUUGACUCCUUGUGCUAUAGAUUAUAAAAACUUGAUCAAUGGUUUCUGCAGGAUUGGUUCAAUUGAUAAGGCCUUGCAGUUGUUCAAUACUGUGAAAGACUCAGGAGUACGGCCUAAUACUUUAACUGUCAAUGACAUUGUAAGUGGGUACUGCAUGGAAGGAGAUAUCAGGGAAGCUUUGGAAUUUCUUGAAGAAAUGACGGACCAAGGCAUCAACCCCAACAUUUAUAGUUACAGUAUAAUAAUAAAUAGGCUGUGCAAGGAAGGAAAAUCUGAAUAUGCGUUGGAGCUUAUCCCUAUGAUGCUUAAAAGGAAUAUAUUACCAAAUGUUGUAGUUUAUAGCACUCUCGUAGAUGGUUUUGCUAAACAGGAAAAGUUGGAGAAGGCCUUAAUGUUGUAUACAAGAAUGAUAAAGUUUGGUGUUACUCCCAACACAAUCACUUUUACUAUCCUCAUAAAUGUAUUAUUCACCAUGGGUAAAGUGAAAGAGGCGUAUAAUUUGUUUGAAAAGAUGAUUUUGAAUGGCCUGGAUCCUGAUAGGAUAUGUUACACAUCAAUUAUAGCUGGAUUGUGUAAGAUUGGAUAUGUGAAGAUCGGUUUGAAGUUGUUUGAAGAAAUGCUGCAGAAAGGCCAUAUGCCUUCAGUUGUUACUUAUACUUGUUUAAUUGAUGGUUUUUGCAAACAAAAUCGAAUGGAUAUUGCAACCAUGUUGGUGGAUAAAAUGAGAAGACGCAACAUGUCUCCUGAUGUGGUGACUUAUGAUGUUAUUAUUCAUGGAUACAUUAGGAAGGGACAAGUGCACAAACUUCAUUAUUUAUUUGACGAAAUGAGAAAGGAAGGCAUUGUUCCUGAUGAUAUUAUGUGUAAAACACUAGGGCUAAUCGGCUGUAGAUAAAGGAUGUUAAGCUGCAGAACAUGCUUUUACUAAGAGGGUUCUGGUGACCUUCUUAAUCUGUGGCAGCUGUUUUGUUCAAUACCUCUGCAAAGGUUGGAAAUGCUGCAGAAAGGCCAUAUGCCUUCAGUUGUUACUUAUACUUGUUUAAUUGAUGGUUUUUGCAAACAAAAUCGAAUGGAUAUUGCAACCAUGUUGGUGGAUAAAAUGAGAAGACGCAACAUGUCUCCUGAUGUGGUGACUUAUGAUGUUAUUAUUCAUGGAUACAUUAGGAAGGGACAAGUGCACAAACUUCAUUAUUUAUUUGACGAAAUGAGAAAGGAAGGCAUUGUUCCUGAUGAUAUUAUGUGUAAAACACUAGGGCUAAUCGGCUGUAGAUAAAGGAUGUUAAGCUGCAGAACAUGCUUUUACUAAGAGGGUUCUGGUGACCUUCUUAAUCUGUGGCAGCUGUUUUGUUCAAUACCUCUGCAAAGGUUGGAGAUGUGACCACUUUAUCCUUCUUGCAGCUGGCUUGGUGGAGCCCAAACUGGAUUGAAGGAAGGCCUUAGCAUGAAUGGGGAAUCUCUUAACUGUGGCUGUUCCCAUCAGGUUCUUUUUGGCAAGCACUCUGAUUGAAGAAAGGACUUAGCCUGAAAAGAGAAAUAAUCUCUAAUAUGUGGCCUGUGCCCAUCAGGUUCUGUUUACUAAGCACUCUGCUAUGGAUACUUUGUCCCCCUCUUCAUCUCAAACACAAGCAGAUGCAUUCUUGGUUCAAAUUAUGCAUCAUUUUCCUUUCCAUUUCAUUAGACUGAGUGAAUAAAGGAUUGGAUUUCACCAUCAUGUGAGCUGGCAGACUUCAAAUGCAGAAAUGUAGUGUGAGAAAGUUUUGUCUGUUGUUGUCCAACGAGUUGUAUGAUUAAAAGAGCCAAGUGUGAUACCAAGGCCACCUUUGGUAGCUGCAUUCAAUUCCAUUUAUCUCUUUAGAGGAAUUCUGGAUUGAUGCAAUCUCUAAAUAUCAAUUAGAAGGGUUAAUGCUGUGGAAACUCAAGUUAAAGAGUGGUGCCUUGAGAAUUCUACUUACAUCAGAUGGACAAACAAGAGCUAAAAAUUGAAACAUAGAGUCCACACACGUAUGAAGAUUUACAAAUGGAUCAACAUACAGUCCACAAACAUUGGAAGGUGGACAAAUAACAUGUCUAGUAAUCGUCAAGGUUGUCAACAGCAUCUGGCCUCACAGAAGCGUGCUUAAUCACACCAAUCAGAUACUGUCCCAAGCCAUUGGAGCUGCCAUUGUACUGUGUACCACUAGUUAGUCCAACAGUAACAUAUGGAAAUUGUACAUAUUUGCUUUACUAGUUAACUGGUAUUAAGCAUAAUGUGGUGGAGAUUUUGUUUUCGGUAAAUUUGUUCAAUCUUUGAUGCAUUCAAAUGUCCACUUAUUUCAGUUAAAUGUAAGUCUGAGUUUAAACAUG